CCAGCUCCGCCGCGAAAAGUUGGAAAUUUCUGAGCACCAGGGAGCUGCUGUAAACAAAUUCCCCAAAAACCCAUUUUCGGAACGAAAGAAGUAAAGAUAUUACGAGAAAAAUAGUUUUAAAAUGCCUUAGGUUUAUUUAAAGCGAACGACAGUUGUAAUUUGAAGAACGAAAAAAGGAGGAGCGAUAAACCGGUUGACCGCGAAAAUGCUAGAGUUUCUUUUUGGCAAAUUAGUCAAACGCAAAGGACAAAAAAUAGUGAAAAAAUAAAUAAAAAGGCUUCUCUUUUCUCACGUGUUUACUAUCGCGCGCUCUUUCUCUCUCCCUCGCUCUUUCAAAAACGCGCGCGUGUGUUGGUGAAUGUGUAUUAUUAUUUUUUUAUCUCGCCGAUCAAUCGAAUAACUCAACAACAACAACCAAAAAUUCCACAAGAGAAUAAUUCCAGUGCCGUUUUUUCUACCAAAAUUAUUACAUUUUUUUCCUGUGUGCAAGUGUGCUGUUUUAUAUAUUUUUGGAAAAUACAACAACAAGAUUGGAGAUGAGAGGCAAAUAAGAAAGGAGAAAUAAGAAAAACAAGUUGAAAGAAAUUAACAAAAAAAAAACCGGAUCCCCGAGAGAAACAACAACUAAAGAAGAAGCAGCAUCAAGAGAGAAGAAAAGGAAGAGGCUUCGACUUCCAGUAUCCAGUAUUCGUGUAGUUGUUGCGCACACGCACUGGAAAAAGAGAGGAGGAUCAUCGGCAGCCCUCUCUCUCUGGAAAACUGGCAAAAAGGAGAAGAUCGACAGUAUAAUCGAAGGCGGCAUAUCAGGCAGUAACAUCGGCAGCAACAUACAUACGUCGCUAAUUGCAAUUAAAACGGGAGCUGCAGACUGGGCCCCAUAUAUUCAAUGUCCACAAUUUAAAUGCACCACAGCACCACAAUAGCCGAACGAACGAACAGAACAGAGCGCCAAGCAAGAAGCAGCGACACAGCAGCCGGCCAGUUGCCCCAGAAUUCAUCCGCCUUCGUGGCUUAGAGGCGUCCAUCAGCGCCUCUGGCUAAACAAAAGGAAAUAGAAAUAGCAAUAGCCCAGCCAUAAAGAGUAAGUCACACACAGUCCACAGUCGCAUCAUCAUGGCCCACUCGAAGGUGAUCCUGAAGAUCCUGUUCUCGCUGUGCGUCUGGUCCUUCGUCAUCAUCGGGCUGUUCAAGAUGCACGGCACGAACCUGGUGCCGCAGGAGUACCAGCAGGUGCCUUUAAAUGGACGCAUCCUGCUGCAGAAGGACAUGCGGUACGCGGAGACCACGUCCACGACCACGGAUCACUUCGAUCCCAGCGAGAUACUGGUGGACAAUCGAACAGCCAUGGACGAUGACCAGUUGGUCCGCGACGUGGAGUCCCGCAUUCCCUCGCUGCCGAUCGCCUACUGGAGCAAGAACAAGAACUUCCUGCAGCAAAAGUCCUCCACCUGCGCCAAGUACCCGUCCAUUUUCGAGCUGGAGUUCAACAACAUCUACUGGCAGACGCUGCGCACCUCGAACGGAACGUUCCAGCUGUUCGGCGCCUACUACGACAUCCGGCGCACCUCGCUCCUCGGGCCCACUGUGCGAAUCCUGGGCAUGAUCGACCGCAUCGAGCCGAAGGUGAAGACCUACUGCCAGUUCUGGUUCGACGGCCAGAAGGAGCCGUUCAUCGUGAAGACGUUCGAGUACAAGUACAUCUGGUACAACAAGUGGGGCAACUACAAGCAGGGCAUCUACCAGCCGUAUCUGAUUGCCUGCCAGAUCCCCAAGCCCUUCCAUGGAGUGGUGCCCAGCUCUGUGUCGAUGGUGGAGAAGGAGUGCGACACGGCCACGAACAAUCUGCGGGUGAUCUACAACCGACCGCCCGACGACCAGAAGAAGGGCUUCGCCGUCUGCGUGAAGGGACUGGACUUUCUGUACGACGACCUGAGUGUGCGCCUUAUCGAGUGGAUCGAGAUGCUCAACAUCCUGGGGGCCGACAAGAUCUACUUUUAUAAUCUGCAGGUCCACCCCAACAUCACCAAGGUGCUCAAUCACUACGAGCAAGAGGGCAAAGUCCAAGUGAUCCCUCUGACCCUGCCCGGCGGUCAGCCGAAUGUGCCCGGCUUCCAGCACCUCUACCUGACCAAGAAGACGAACCACAAGCGGCAGAACGAGGUGAUCCCCUACAACGACUGCCUGUACAAGAAUCUCUACCUGUACGACUACAUCGCCCUGCUCGACAUCGACGAGGUGAUCAUGCCCAAGGGCGGAUCGGUGCUCUGGUCCGAGCUGAUGGACAAGGUGCGGCCGGAGUCGCGAAAGAUCAAGCCCGACGGCUUCCACAGCUACAACUUCCGCAACGUGUACUUCCUGGACGACCAGCAGCACGAGCACGGCUGGCACAAGGACAUCCCCAAGUACAUGCACAUGCUGCAGCACGUCCACCGGGCCAAGAACUACACCAAGCCGAAUCAGUAUGUGAAGUGCUUCCACGACCCUGAGCGCGUGCUCACCCUGCACAAUCACUUCCCGCUGAGCUGCCUCGGCGGCGUCUGCAAGUCCUAUCCGGUGGACACGCAGGACGCCCAGCUGCAGCACUACCGCGCGGACUGUGUGAAGACGCUGAAGAAGAGCUGCGAGGAGUACCGCGAGCACUCGGUGGAGGACAAGACCAUCUGGAAGUACAAGGACGAGCUGAUCCGACGCACCAUCAAGGCGCUGGACACCCUGGGCUUCUUCCGUCGCCAGGGCCUCAACUCGGGUUCGGGAUCGGGCGGCAGCAGUAGUGGCGGCGGGGCCACCACGCACUCCACGGAGCGGUGAUUCGCACUCCUCGGGGGCGGAGGAGGAGGAGGCGGAUGGUCCUGGCCCUGGCAAUUGGUUGAAGCAUCCGGCAGCAGCCUCGGCAACGAGGAGUUCUUUGUGUGAAUCUGAAACUGACUCCUAAAGCCGAAUCUGAAUCCAAAUCCGAACCCAAAACCCGUCCUCUGAUUCCAAGUUUCUCUGAGUUUAGUUAGUAUGUCCAGAGUUCCCAUCCAAAAUCCAUGCGAAAAGGAGGCGCUGUUUUUGAUUGAUUGUUUUAGAAAACUACUCACUUGAGUAUAUGAGUUGAUAAUGCUUUUUUAUAAGAUUUGUAAUAUCUCUGAUAUUACUUAGAGAUUUCCCAAGAAAUCAAAGACAGAAACGGGGUCUACUUGGAGUGUGGUUAGUGUAUAGAAGAGGCGUGUUAGUUAGUCGCGGAGUCGGGGAGAGAACACUUUUGAAAUUGUGCCUUCGAACCUGGAUAGUAGUCCCAAAGUCCCCAAACCCCCAUAUCCCACAUCCCAAUUAUGUAUUUCCAUUCACAAAGGAAGAAAAAAAAGACACAAGGUCACAACUUUUCAAAAAACACGAGACCCACAACAGAAGAGGGGGAAAUCAUGUAGCAAAGCGAAGCAAAGGAAACCUAAACUAAGUUCAAGACUGAUGAUGUUUAUUAAGAAUUACGAAAAAAUCGAAAGAGGGAAUUUCAAGCGAAUUUUUGUUUUCACAUUUUUUUUUGGAUAGAAUCGAUAUUAUUGUUGUUGUAUAGGCAAGUUAAAAAGGCCCCCUAAAAUGGAAAAUCGAAGAAAGCGAAAAAUAUCACUAAUGCUAAGCAAAGAAAACUAAACCUUAAACUAGAAAACAAAGCAAAUUGAACAAGUUUGAGUUGUAAACUGUAAAUAGGAAAAUUGUUAACGAAGAAGAAGAAAAGACGAGGCCCUAAGGAUAAAGUAAAGCUAACUAUAUGCGGAUUAGGCCGAUUAAAAUCGGAUAAACUAGCGGGAUAUUGAAAGGAGAAAGGAGAAGCUGCUCAACCCAAUAUUUUUAUGGUGUUUAACCCUAAAAACCUAUAAACCAUUACUCAAUAUGAUUUUUAACUUGUACAUACACCUACACACAAACACGUCACACACACAAGCACACAAAUACACCACGCACACAUUUCCUUA